AGAGGCAAUUGUUUCCUCGUUUGACAGCAGGGGCUUGUUUUCACAGCACACAACUACCACGAUGAUCACUUCCACGGGCGAUAGAUGCCACGGAGUUAAUGGAGGAGACGUUUAACUGAAAAGCCCACCAGCUUCCUCCCUCUCUCUCCCUCCCUCUCUUCCGGUGUGAGAAUAAUAUCGACUGAAAGGCAGAUGAGUGUCUUUGCAUUUGUUGUUGUUAGCUGCUAAUGCUAACCACAGAAGUGGCCAGCUAGCCUAGCCGAGUGAGCUAACGGUCAUCGCGAGGAGAAGUUAAUUAGCCGCAUAUGUUUGAUCCAUUUAUUGCUGUCCCGGCUUCGGGUGACUCUAGCUGAUGGGGCCGGCAGACCGGGCCGUCGCUUGUUCAAGAAGUGCAGCUUUGGCCAAGCUUUUAAAGUACCUUAACUGUUAGCUUCGCAGUUAGCGCCCCACUACACUUGGAAGAAUGAGUAGAAAACACCAUCAUCUUAAAGGAGCCGAAGUCAGCUGCUGCGUGAAAUACUUCUUGUUUGGAUUCAACAUUUUAUUCUGGUUGCUAGGAGCCGCAUUCCUGGCCGUAGGUCUGUGGGCAUGGGCGGAGAAGGGCGUUCUCUCCAAUCUGUCAACCAUCACAGACCUAGGAGGCUUUGACCCCGUGUGGCUCUUCAUCGUCGUAGGAGGGGUCAUGUUCAUCCUGGGAUUUGCCGGCUGCAUCGGAGCACUCCGAGAGAACACCUUACUGCUUAAAUUUUUUUCCGUGUUCCUGAGUUUGAUCUUCUUCUUGGAGCUGACGGCGGGGAUCCUUGCCUUUGUCUUUAAAGACUGGCUCAAAGACCAGCUCAACUUUUUCAUCAACAACAAUGUCAAGGCCUACCGUGAUGACAUCGACUUGCAGAAUCUUAUUGACUUUGCCCAGGAAUAUUGGUCAUGCUGCGGAGCCCACGGGCCCGACGACUGGGACCUGAACAUCUACUUCAACUGCACCGAGCCAAACCCCAGCAGAGAGCGCUGUGGAGUGCCCUUCUCCUGCUGCGUCAAAGACCCCGCCGAGGACGUCAUCAACACGCAGUGUGGUUAUGACGUUCGGCUUCAAAGGCAGCUGGACCGGCAGAAAUAUAUCCACACCAAGGGCUGUGUGGAACAGUUUGAGAAGUGGCUUCAGGACAACCUGAUUAUUGUAGCUGGAAUCUUUGUUGGUGUUGCACUACUGCAGAUAUUUGGUAUCUGCCUCGCUCAAAACCUGGUAAGUGACGUCAAAGCUGUCAAAGCCAACUGGUGACAUGAGUAGGGGACGUUGGGGGGGAGAGCCCCGGUCCCCAGAGGCCCAGCAAGGUCAACGCAGCACACAAGUCCCCCCCCCUGUCCGGGCUCAGAAUGGAGAACGGAGACCCGUCAACGCUGCGUUGCCGCUGAGCUAAGCAGCGAAUACGCACUCUCACACUUUCCCACGGGCACACGCAAAGAGUUUACUUCCCUGUUUAUCAGUGAUGCUUGAAUCGGGAGAAGAAUGUCCCACACAAACCCAACACAGUCAACACUUUGUUUACCACCCAGCUGGAUUUUAAACCCUAACGUCCUGCCGACUUUAUAGUUACAUGCUUUUUUCCCUUUGUGCUUCCUAUGAUUUAUUUCUCCGGACAAUUGUUUUUAAUGGGACGCAGUUGCACAAGGACUAAUGUCUACUGGGAGAUUUCAAGCCAUGGAGGAAAAAUAAACAAAGGAAAAAAAAGAGAACAGUUAGUCUCCUUUUAUUUCAGGUCAGGCGUUGUCAUUGUCACAGGGUCCCCCUUCCACUCAGUGAGUGGUUGAACAACCACGCCUACAAACAGCCUGUUUUUAACCUGCCUGUCCCCACAUCCUGCUGUAGGGAGCCGUGGGGGACUGGACGGCCAAACACAACACAUGGAUUCCUCCGCGGAUCAUUUCUUACACCGUACUCUUUUUUUUUAUUUUUUAUUUUUUUUAUGACCACUGAAAAGACUCUAAACACUGGCAAGUCAAGUCUGCAACUUUGAACCGUUUCACAAGAUUUCAACUCAAAGUGCAAAAAAAGUGCCAUUCAUUUUACUUGCCCCACAAUACCUCAAGGCCUGGCUGGAAACCGAAUGCUUUUUGCCAUUAGUUCAAUGCAAACCUUUUAUUUUCCAUCCAUGUCUGUGUCAUUGAGAUUUACUGACUCGUUGCAGAAAACAAUAACAGUUUCUCCCAAGUCGCCCUGUUUGCCCUGCAGUGAUUGUAUUAUCCGUUGAUUUACUGAAGGAUGUUGUUUUGUGUGAUACGGGGAGGCCUGAUGUGGUUAGGGUUAGGAUCAUAGCACUAUGCUAUACAAGAAAAGGGUUUUAUUAAUAGUUGAGGUUGUUGUUCAGCUCUAAGCACCCCUCAGGCACAUGGGAUUACUCAUUUGGGGCCUUUUUUACUUGACUUAUGUUACCACACUUGUCUUAUUUUGUUAUCCUUCGCAUCCUGAAUUAAGUAUAUUUGUCGGUUUUAAUUACCUUGUAUUCUAUCCUUUUAUUGAUGCAGACUGAGAUCCUGGGUUCAUUGUUUGGCUUUACCAGGCACUUGUUUUACCUUUGACCCAGCAGUCAACUGCUAUAUAGCUUCCUAUUGUGGAUGUUUUUAGCAGUCCUAAUGGAGACCAAAUCAUAUCAGCCGGGAGCUUAUUGCCAAGGUUUUUUUUUUUUUUUUUUUUUUUUUUUUUUCAAGCCACAAUUGUGAUUUCAUGAGAAAUGCCAAGCUAAUAACAAAAAGCAUUUCUAGACAGCCACAAUGUGAAUUUAUUCUUUCCGUUACACAGAAAGUGCCUGUUGAAAUAAAAUAAAAAUGUUAAAUGUUAGGUUUUUAUCUUUAGGCCAAUAUUGUGUCUUCAGUUUGGACUGGUUGUUAAAUAGAAUUGUGAAAACAAGCCAUUACCUUUUUAUAUUAACAGCCUCAAUAUAACAUUAUUGCUGCUUAAAUGUUAGAGUAUUGAUAUGUAGUACAAUAACCAAGUUAACAAGUCUCUCAGUUUGCCAUGAUGUCAUUGUCUCCAGGUUCAAGACAUAUUCUGAUGAUUUAUUUUUUAGUUGUUAACUUUAACUUUAAAAAAAAAAAAAAAAAACACUAUCACAUUAUGUAUCCCCGUCAUAGAUUCUUCUCCUCAGCCAUGAUGCUCACGGUCUGAUAUACCAAGUUUACUUUGCUUACUUUUUUCUGCAGUUGUUUCUGGUUGUAGCUUUGUGAGUCAGCUACGCAGCACGGGCAUGAUUGGGCACACACGCCCAAAAAUAAACAUUUUAUUUGAAUAAUAAUAAUAGCCGAAACUUUUAAAGUUGAGUAGCAACAGAACAACAAACUGUGCCUGUGCGUGUGUGCGUGUGUGUGUGUGUGUUCGGAGCUCGUUCAGUCUCAGCACCUUACGAUCGCCUGCGAUACCCGCACGUCGCAUAUCCCUUUCACCCACUCGCUGCCUCUUCAAAGCUCGCCCCGAUCUGACUGCACCUGCUUUCAGUGCCUGCCAUUUUGAUGUAUUUUUAAACGCAGCGCUCGCUUGAAGAAAAAAAAUACAAGACAAAACAACGGCCCCUUUGAAUUUAGGUGUCACGAAUGAGCGAGCGGAAUAGAUCCGGGGCGGCGCGACGCGUCUGUACUGCUGGAGACUGGAGGUGGUCUUGAAUGACUCUGUUGAAAGUUUCCACAGGAGAAGCUCAUUCAUUUCAGCUCUUUAGUUGUAAAUCAAUGAGCAAGAGCCUCGAGCAGUCCUAAGAAAAAUUAAUCCCACCCCCACUCAGAUGAAAUAUACAAACAUUUACAGCCUUACGUGAUACCAUGUUUUCAUAUUCCAGGGAUGUGUGUGUGGGCCUCUUUGAUUUCACUAACUGUUGUGAAUCAAUCCGUCCCACUGCAGUAUAGAGGAUCAAGAAUAAAUGCACUAGUGCUUAUUUCCCCCCCCCCACACCUUUCUCUUCUUUAAUCUUUUGAAGCAGUAGCUUGAAACGGAUAACGGGGUGAUUAAUUAGUCAAAAACAUCUUAAAGGUUUUGGUUUUGUGUUGCUUUGAUGUAGGGAAAGAAAAUAAUGCUAAAUAGGCUUUGUCCGUUUUAUAAGGCUCUUUCGUUCCAAAACACCCCCUUCAUUUUUCUGCUUGCCCUUUGGGCAGUUAAAUCAUUCCCCGAGGAGGAGCCUUAUGCACACCAUGAAUGUUUGAGUGUAACACCGUGCACCCGCUGCUCCGCGCUCAGUGAGCAUUUCUUCUUCGCCUUAUACAGUUUGAUGCACGAGACAAGUGAAGCAUAGGAAUGUGGGACAACGGGUUGUCUUUAGCAAUGUUAGAGAUGUUAUUCUUUUUAUUCAUAUGUGCUUUAGAUACCAUAAAAGCAGCCCAGGGUUUCACAAUACUUAAUUGAUCUGAAAUAUGCACUUACAAAUGAUGUGACCAAACCAUUUUUUAAAUGUACUUUUUGCAUACAAACACAAAGUGACACAUAUUUCCCUUUGAUAAUCCAGCCUGUGACUCUUUUCAAGCUCUGUCCGCUGCCCUUGGCCACAGAGCCCAAAGACGCAGCCUAAUUGACUGGCGUGUAUGUGUGUGUGUGUGUGUGUGUGUGUGUGUGUGUGUGUGUGUGUGUGUGUGUGUGUGUGUGUGUGUGUGUGUGUGUGUGUGUGUGUGUGUGUGUGUGUGUGUGUGUGUGUGUGUGUGUGAGCAUGCUAACGGCUACAUCACGGAUGAUAGUGUUGACAUGAUCAGGACACGAGCGUGAUCUGACUGGAUCAAAAAAAAGUGUUUCAACUUUCUGGGUUUUACAGUUGAAUAUGGAUUCAGUCGUUACUGAUCUUUCAGUCACACAAAAACCACUAUAAAUAUUUAAUUUGUUCCGCAGAGAAACCAGAACAGCUUUCUCAGUUUUAGACGUUUUAGCUGUGUCUCCAUCGCAGCAGAACUGAAGACACGAAGCCAUGCGAUGCUCUCUGGUUAGACCCAUCCAAACACCUUGUAGAGAAGUAUUGCAUAUGAAAACUGUGGGACAUGGUCUGUUACACUGUAUAUUCUGUUUAAGAUAUGCCCCUUUCAUAUAUUAAAGGAUUUAUGAUAACA